AUGUCCCGGAUUGUGGUAGGCGGAGACUCAUCCCGGAGAGCCAAUAAGGAGAGCACGUUCCCUCCCCAGGAGGCAACAGGGCAGCGCACGUUGCGUCGCAGCGGCCAAUGGGAGUGGAGGACGCGGAGGUGCACGGCAAGAUCAGUCAAAAUGCAGACUCCAGUGGCUCUCCUUGCUUCUCCAGCUCUGUUCCGCUGCUGUUCCAGGGCUCUGGCAAGGCCGGUUUCCAUAUCUGUACUGAGCAGGCCUGAGACUCAGACUGUACAGCCCUCUGGUGUUUCCCAUCUACAGCUGGCUCACCGGGAGUUCCAAACAAGCACUACCUCUAGGGAUAUUGAUACUGCUGCUAAGUUCAUUGGUGCAGGUGCUGCCACAGUUGGGGUGGCUGGUUCAGGAGCAGGUAUUGGAACAGUGUUUGGCAGCUUGAUCAUUGGCUAUGCUAGGAAUCCUUCUCUCAAGCAGCAGCUCUUCUCCUACGCCAUCCUGGGCUUUGCCCUGUCCGAGGCCAUGGGACUCUUCUGUUUGAUGGUGGCGUUCCUCAUCCUGUUUGCUAUGUGAUAGCCUCUGGGCCAACCCAUAGCUUCCAUCACUCUGUGUCCUCUCCGGUUUGAGUCUGCCUCCUUCACCAGAGCGUUCCAGAUUUAUAAUUAAACAAAAGCUUUUCUCCUAAUAAA